GCGCGGCCUCGUCCGCCCGGCAGCCCGGUCACGUGAUGAAGUCGUCGCCCCCACCCCGCGUUGUAAUUCACGUGACCGCCGGAGCACCCGCCACGUGACGAUACCGGGAAGCGGGCGGCGUUCAAAGCGGGAGGCUGCGUGAGGGUUACCCGGUUACCUCAGGCAGCGGGUUACCAGGGCAACCGGUUACCGGGGCGACCAGUUACCAGGGCAACCGGCUACCGUGGCGACGCGUUUCCACGGCGACCAGCCAGCGUGAUAUUCGACACUUGGAAGCACUUCAAACUCAUCCGCCAUGGCUGGUGACAUCACCGAUACGGGAGAACUCUACUCACCUUUUGUGGGGCUGGUGUACAUGUUUAACCUGAUCGUGGGGACUGGAGCACUCACGAUGCCCAAGGCCUUUGGCAUGGCUGGUUGGCUCGUCAGCCUCUUCCUCCUCAUCCUCCUCGCCUUCAUGAGCUUCGUGACCACGACGUUUGUUGUUGAAGCGAUGGCGGCAGCAAACGCGCACAUCCGCUGGAAGAGCAGCGAGGAGAAGAAGGAGCACGAUGACUCUGACUCAGAGGAAUCGGAGCGGCCGGGCAGCCCCGAGGUGAUGAGCUCCACGGGCAGCAGUGGCACGAGCCUGAACAGGGAGGACCGCUUCGGAGGCCGGGCCGAGAGACGACCUCUGCUUAGCCCUGAAACGGAAAGUCCGACCUUACGGAGGCCCGAUCUGUUUGAUAUCACACAGCGUGCUGAGAUGGGUCAGAUGGCCUCCAUAUUUUUCAACAAAGUGGGCCUGCACCUGUUCUACCUGUGCAUUGUCAUCUACCUGUACGGAGACCUGGCCAUUUACGCCGCCGCCGUCCCACACUCGCUGGCCUUCGUCGCAUGCAACGGGAUGAUGGCGUUCGAGACGGCGGAGGUUGGCAUGGAGAAACGACACUCGGCAGUGAUGGUCCUGCUCCUUGGUGUAGAGAGGAGGAGGUUGCGAGUGCCGCUGCUGUUGCAGAGAGUUCUACGAUGAGAGCUGUAGUACAGGGAGACAGGAGAGUGAAGAGAGACACGGGGGAAGAUUGCAGUGGCACAGGCAGCAGACGAUGUAGCUGACCCUGCUGCCGAUGAUGGAAGCCAGCGGAGGGAGGCGAGGGUGUCCAGCUGAGGAUGACAGGCGACGAGGAUGACGCGGGCGAGAUGGUUUUGUCACCGUUAGAGUUUCUUGAGGUUACUCGAAGAAGAUUGAAUCGGACUGGAAAUUAUUAGACAAGACUGAGAGCAUUAUACGUGCAACGCGGUGGUCAUAUUACAUGCAUGCAAGACGUAUGGAUGGGAGUCAUGCCUUCCUGUUGUUUGUGAGCAGCUCACCUUUGUGUGUUGUUAAAUCUAAAUAAUGUAAAUGUUGGUCAGUGUAUGAGCAUGUUCAUUGUGUCGUUGUGUAUUUGUGUCAAGGUGGUUUGCUUGUGCGAAAUUAGUGUGUUUUGUCCAUAUUGUAAAAGCAUAUGCAGCAAAUGGUUAUAAUUUACUGAAAGAGAAAUAACCCUUUCAUUUGGUUGCACGCCUGUAAUCCAUUGCUAUGAGGCAAGUGUUUCUGGAUCACUUAGAGUUGUGAUAAUUCAGCACCUGCUGGGAGAUAGCAGUGGAUUUAUAAAACCAUCUGUGCAUACUUUGGAGUUUUAUUGCAUCUGUGAGUUUCCUUUUUGUGUUUCCGUUUUCUUCCACAAGCAAAGUGCAACCGAAACCGAAAUCGGUCGGACAUCCCAAUUUACCAUCCUCCUAAAAAUAAUCUUGACUCAGUGAAGGUUUUCUGAAUUGAUCAAUGAGAUUAAUCUUGACGAGAAGCAUUCCUUUAUGAUGGAACGUUUGAACUGGUUUAAUUACUGAUUUCCAUUAGCGCAUCUAUGGCAUCUGAAACCAGUGCAACUGGGUUUCCUUGUGUUAUGAUGGGAAACCUGCAUGCACAGUGUUAUAAAAAUGAGUUGAGAACAUUUAAAAAGAUUUCAACUCGUUAAUGCCAGAAGCAAAAAAUAGCCAAGAUAUAUGAACAGAAAGCCGUUUAAAUGUUGGUUCUAAAAAAGACAAGGUUAUAAUACAAUUACAUUUGGAUAAAGGUCUCUUCUACAUUCUCAAACCACCCAAUUAAAGCAUACUUCGGGAGAGUGACUGCCUAUCAAUUUUAUAGUAAUUUCAUAGUUAAUAAAUUAGGCUUUUCCAGAUUAGGCAGAUUUUUUUUUUGCAUAAACCACCAGUGUGGAAGCCACAUGGGCAGUAUAUUAACGUCCACAGGGCGCUGGGAUCGAGACCAUUAACCAAGCUCCCUUUCCAUAUCAACUGCAUCUGGAGUGUGUUCCGAGCAAUUCUCCCAGGAAUCCAGUGCAAAUUUUGACCUGCAGGUUCCAGGCGAAGUAAUCUGAUAUCGUGGUUUGGCACACCGACCCACGCGGUUGCCCACAUUAUUUCCUUAAUUUACUCAUGCUUUUUGACGUUCCUACAUAAUGGAUUUGCAGCCGGUGUGCGGAUUGGCAUUUUCGUCACGUUUCACAGUGCACAGGUCUGCUGCGCAUGAUCUCUAGGCAUAGAGCUCUGCCACUCCCGUAUUUGAGGCCGGAUGAUUGGGGGCUCUGACGGUUUACAUUUAUAUUAUUUGAAAUACAUUUGGGCGUGACGAAUUUGCUUGAACAGGAACGCCAUUUUCAGGAAUGUUCAGUGCCUGCAGCGGACAAGACUGGGGCAUGAGACUGGCUCAUGCGAUUCUGUAGCAUCUGUUAUUGGGGAACAUUGAGGUUUGAGGUUCAUUAAUAAAUGACCCUUAGGGAUUACAGCAUGAGGUUGGGUAUAAAUGCUGAACCCUUCCAAUGUGCUUGCUCUGUGACAAGUGCAUUAAAAGCAAGGCUAUCCAUUCAUCCUAUAAUUAUAUAUUAAUUCAACUGUUGCAUUUAAAAUCGGAGCUUGUGAACAUGAACAUACACUGCCUGCUAAUUAAUAUAGGUUUUGGAUUAUUCAAAAAGGGGAGGAGGAAGGGAGACGUGACACGUCGUGGAAAGAAUUUUGCUGCUCGGAGCAAAUGACGUGGGAAUAGAGGGUGAUGGCUGUCAGGUCAAGAUGCCUCCAAUUUCAUGUGGACAUUAUGCUGGCCAGAUAUUCAGAACACACAAUUCCCCACCUAAACCAUGGAUAAAUAACAUUCUCAGUGAUGUUGCCUGCGGGAAAGAGGCUGAGAUUGAAAAAGCUUCAUCACCAUCUUGUCAUUGUUCGUAUUUGUCUGAUGUAUUUAAUUAUUUGUUAACAUCAUUUAAAUGUAUGCGUACGUUUUUACACUUGUUUUACAAUUAAAGAUGUGUCAUUCAUCAUAUGGUACUGUGGUUACAGUGGACGUUUGAGAGUUAAAAUCCUAGCCAGGGGUCGU